ACGAAGCUUCGGACGCUAACGUGCAAGGUGUAUGGCUCUUGACACUCCCCAUCUGUUUUUUUGUUUUGUUUUUUUUCAUUUGAAGGUUGCCUAGUGAACGUGGCAGCGGAAACUUCCGUUUCGGGCGCUGCUGAAACAGUGAAGAGGUAAAUCUGCUCAAUGGAAGCGCGUUCCUGUGAGGAGCUCAGGUGCGGUUUAACUUCGGCGUGUUUUACUUCAAUGUAAAAGAUGGCAGCUGUAAGAGCAAAGUCAAUCCGACAAACUGGGAGUCUGCUUCGAAGUCGCUCAGAAGGGACUCUGAUCGAUCUAGAUGACAAUGUAACCAUCAACAACAACAGCUUGCAUGGGAGUUACUUGUCGAAACAUUUGGAAUGGCCUGGCUUACAGCCUGACCGCCAACCCCAAGUACAAACAACAAAUCCCUUCUGGAACAAACUGUCUCAGUCAAAUCCUUUCUUAGAUGACAUUGUGUGCAGAGACAAAACUGAUUCAAGUGUGACUAUACUGAAGGAGAAUCCAUCAGCUUUCUUUGGUAACAGUAUUGAAGAUUGUGAAAGCACAUCCUCGGAUGAAAACAAUUUUGGACAUUUUCUUGAGCCUGAGAGAAACAGCCUUAAUCGAUCCGGGCGAUGGAGAAGUGCCUCGGACAUUCUUGACAGCAUUGUAAAAAGAGAAUCCAAAAAGGAGAAGAGCUUUAGAUCUCAAGGACCAUUCUUGAAACCUGAUUUUGACUGGCUUAAAAAUGAUAUGGACGCUUAUAAAAUGGCCUGGCUGAGCCACAGGCAGUUGACCAGGUCCUGUUUGAACAUCAGCCUGAUAAAACAAAGUCCUGGUUGGGCUCAAACCCAAGCCACAGACACACAAAUUGUCUGUAAGCUCGAUCACAAUGGAGGCUCAGUGCAGUUGCCUGACUCCACUAUCUGUGCCCACAUUCCCCAAGGUCAGGUUGCUCCAGGGGAGAUCCAAGAAAUUGGACUCAAAGCUAGCCUUGAUCCACCUCGUGGAAUCAAUAAUAAUUAUGUAACAUCUGUAAGUCCUCUUUUGGAGAUCAUUCUCAGCAAUCCGAAUGUUAUGGAAGGCAUCUCCCUUGAUAUUAAAAUGGCAGCUGAAGUAAAAAAUGACCCUUUGAGCCAAGUCAUGACAACAUUUGUAGGUCUGAUGGCGCAUAGGAAAGAUGGACCUUAUGAAAAGGUUAAGGACUGUUACAUAUAUAAGGACAUUUUACAAAUGAAGAUCCAGGAGCCAAAGCCUCGCAUGUACAUCAUUGCUGCUGCAGAGGCCACAGUCAUACAGCCACCAGCAACUUCAGUAUGGGACUAUUUAGACCGACAUUUCACAGUCGCAGUAUAUGGUCCCAAGCAUAUUCAUCCAUCUUUCAAAAUUGUACAAGUCAUCUCUUGCUAUAAUAGCGUUCCACCCAGGCUUCCUUUCUCUGAUAUCCAAAAAGGUAACAGAAACUUGCCCCCUGUUGUGUUGCAACUUUGGGGAAAGCAUGAGUUCAAUCCACAUGGUCUAAAUGAUUUGCACAUUACAACCAGUGUGAUGGAAUCAAAGUUUGAAGUGAAAUAUGAGGAUAAGAACAAAGAGGUCAAAUUAGAGGAGCUCAAAACAGGCAGAGUGAUCCAUUUGCCAUUGGAACUAUCCAGGGCAGGCAAUGGAGAUAUGGGUCAGUUCAAACUUGCCAUCCAGGUGAAGGACUCCAAUUGCCUCUCUUUAGCAGACUUUAACAUUACUUCUCCUGAAGCUGCUCCUCUGAGGACAGAGAAACAUGGACUCAGACUUGUGGAUCGUCACAGGGAAGUGACCCAUUCUCAAGCUAUUCCAGAAGAAUCUGUCCCAGACUUACCAAAGUUCCGAGAUAUGCCAGUGAAUAUUCAGUGGUACGGUGUUGCAUUGAAAUCUCUUCUUAGACAGCCAAGAGUGGAGUAUCUUCUAGAGUACUUCAAGGGUGACACAAUUGCUCUGCUUUCCAGAGAAACGGUUAAAUCUGUUGGACAGUCAAAAGUAAAAGAGUGGUACAUUGGCUUUCUCAGGGGAAGUGUUGGUUUGGUACACUGCAAGAAUGUGAAGGUUAUAACAAAGGACCAAGUAAUUGACUUCUCUGGAGUUAGACUCACUACACAAACCCUGCUGGACAACAUGACUUUGCCAUUUAAAAAGCUCACAUACAUGUACUCUGCCAUUCAGACCCUAGUAACAGAUCACAUAACCUGCUGGAGGACUUUUGCUGCAGCUCUGGGUUACUCAAACCUCUCAAUAGAAAAUUUCUCUAGGAGGCAAACUGAGACUGAAGCAGAGAAGGUAGCAUGUGUACUUGAGAAGCUUAAGGAAGACUGCCACACAGAAAAAACUAAAAGGAAAUUUCAAUAUGAACUCUUAAUAGGGCUCUUAAAAAUGGAUGCUCAAGGCCUCGUAGCCCAUUUAAUCCAGAACACAGUUAUUCUGUCCACAGCUGUUGAGCUUGGUGUACGGUGGAGGGAACUAGCUGAGAAGAUUGGAAAGCUUUCCAGUUCUCAGAUUGCUGGUUAUGAGGCACCACACAGGGGGAAAAGUGGAGAAGUCAGUGCCCAGUCAAUGUGGAAGCCUGCGUAUGACUUCCUGUACGCGUGGAGUAUGCAGUAUGGUGAGGGCUAUAGGGACAUGCUUCAGGCUCUUCAUCUGGCCCUGGACAAGAUGAAGAGCCCAGUGACUAAACACUGGAGACACAUUACUGGAGCUCUCAUUACAGUAAACUGCAUGGAGAUCUUGAGGGCCUCUGCUUUCCACACAGCAUAGUGAACAUUAAUGGCAAACUGAGGUGGGUUUAAGAAUGUCAUGCAUUAUGUCUAUUUUUCUGUAUUUGUAUAGCAGUGAGGAAUACAUGCUUUCUUUGUAUAGUUUGUAACCGAAAAUGUAAGAAUAAUACAGAACUUAUUCUGUUGGACUUGGAAUGUAUUCUUUUGUACUGUUCGAUAUGUGAAGUUACACUGGCCAACAAAAAAGGUAUUCAAGUUACUUUUUUUUUUUCUUCUUCUUCUUCUUCUUCUUUAUUUUCAUGUUAUUACACUGUAUAGAUUAAUUGUAUGUUAAAUGAAAUGCCUCACAUCCAAAGCCUGAGCCCUGGUUAUGUUGUUGUUCAUUUCAAUCUGUUAACUUUGAAAUAGAGAGAAUCUAGACACUUCCUCUAUAUCAAACUCCUGCCACUUAAGAUGAAGCCUGUCUAAGUUCCUUGUGUUGCUGGGACAACUGAUUGCUAGACUUUUUUCUAGACUUAAUAUAAAUAUUUUACCAGUGCACUUAAAAAAUAUAUUGUUACAUGUACUAUUUUAAUAUUUAAUCUUAUAACUAUUAUUGCUGAACUAGAAAAAUAAAACAGAUUUUAACUGUUUCAUGUAUGAAUGGUCAAUUUUAACUAUCUUUUAUUUUCAUUUUACAUUGCGUUUACAUGGGCCAUCAUGUAUUUUGUGGCACAAAAAGCCUUGUAUCAGCAGAGUGUCCUGUUCUUUCAGUGUUUUGUAUUUGCAUGGCAGGCCUGUCACUUUCUCUUAGUAGCUUUUUAAAUAAUGCUAUUUGCAGAGUGCUUGACUGUGUAGUGACCUCAAUAUCACAAUGGUCCAUUUGCAGCAGAGUGACUGUGGAAUUCAAGCUGUUCUUCAAUGUACUAAUGAAUACAGAUCCAAAGCAUCACUUAUGAGUUAGGUCAGUUUUGUCUUGAAUGUUUUUAGCUAUCCAUAAAAAGAGCAAUGCCUAAUUAGUACACUCAUGCACUGCCAGAAAAAAAGGUACUAUUCUGUACUAUACAUACAAGGUACUGUAUAAACAAGGCAUUCUUCAGACCCAAUUAUAUCCCUCAGUGAGGUUCCUAAAAUUAAAUUCUUUAAUUAAAAGUAUAAAGACAUACUGUUGAUGAUAAAAUACCAGUGAGAAGCAAACCCUAGUUUAGUACAUUUUCCUCAAACUAUACAUGCACAAACAUGGACCUACAAAGUAUUCUUUAACUGGGGGAAUAACCUUCAGUAUCUUAUAUUCCCCAAAAAGCCCCCUGUACUGUUCAAAAGUUGGCCAUUUUGUUCAUGUGUUGAAGUGAAUACUGCACCGUAGUGAAUAACACAACAGAUGAUGGCUGAUUUUUAUGUGCUACAUGCUUCAGCACUUGGCAUCCCAGCUCUGUCAGUUUGUGUAGUCUACCACUUUGUGGCUGAGCUUGUUGUUGCUCCUAAAUGCUUCCAUUUCAUAAUUAUAGCACUUACUGUUGAUGAGGACAGAUCUAGCAGGGCAGAAAGUUCAUGAACUGACUUGUGGCAUCCUAUGACAGGGCCAUGUUUAAAGUCACUGAGCUCUUCAGUAUAACCCCUUCUACUACCAAUGUUUAUCUAUGUAAAUUGCAUGGACGGGUGCAUGAUUUUAUGCACGUUAGCAAGGAGUGUGGCUGAAACACCUAAACUCACUAAUUAGCAGAGGUGGGUAGUAACGCGCUACAUUUUCUUCUCUACAUUCACCUGAGUAACUUUUUUUGAAACGAAAAGUAAUUUUAGAAGUAGGGUUACUUUUAGAAUUUUUGGCUACUCUACCCACCUGAUAAUUAGGGGGUUGUCCACAUAUUUUUGGACACAGUGUAUUUCUCAUUCCUGAAAGAAGAUUUUCGACAUAUUGCUAAAGAUGGUAGUUGUUUCAGUGUAGAAAAGGGUAAAAGCUCCAAUAGAAACUAGAUGGAUAUAAAUUUUAUUUAUCCAGAAGGAAAGUGCAACAUUACUGUAGUGGUAAAAGAAACAUUCGCAGAUAAACAAAUAAAAUAACUGCAAAAAAAAGAAUCUAAAGAAAAUCUAUUAGGAAGGGAAGGGAGUUUGUGGGACUCAAGGGAGCUGUGUGGAGCAUGAAACAUUCUACAGGGAGAGUGUGUAUAAAAUUCACCAGUGCAUAUAUGCAUCAUAUCCUACAACAUGAAGGAGAAGCAGUGUGUGCUGUUUGCCAUUGGGCAUCUGUCUGCGGGGAAAGCACAAGCACCUAUUAGCUUAGCUUUGCUUAUGGCCAUAGUGCAUUUAAAGCAAUAUAAUAAUAACAAAAAUGAAACACAUUCACUUUAUGUAGCACUCGAGCGAAAUCCUGUUGUGGCUUCACUCCCAUUGGUAGUCGCUGCACUAAGUCGCUCCAAAUUUGCAUAAAGUUAAACUUUUCUCAACUUUGUCAUGCUGCUGGACACGCCCACAUCUAGUCGCUAUCGCUCAUGUCGCCCGAAGUCGCCAGCUCUCAUUGAAAAUUAAUGGAUUCCAGUCGUAUUUUCACUGCAAGUCGUUGUAUGUGUGAAUGCACCUUUAAGCAGUCGCCCGUGUACAGGAUGUGAGCAAAACCUCAGGAAGAAGGAAAGAUUUAUUUUGCAGUUCUAAGGCCGAGCUUUUCCUUGGUGAAUACUGUGUAAAUAGGUUGUAAAUUCACUGUACUCAGAACCAGUUAGGCUGGAGGAUUGCCAUGUCUAACAGCACAAUGCUAACCACUGCUCUGCCGUGUGCUGUUCAGCACUUUUGUUAUCACGGUCCUGUACCCACUGAGGCGCAGUGAGGACAGAAACAGAGCAGCACCAAAGUAGACUUUUUCUUUCUUUCUUUCUUUCUUUCUUUCUUUCUUUCUUUCUUUCUUUCUUUCUUUCUUUCUUUCUUUCUUUCUUUUUUAAGCGCACUGAGGCAGAUUACUUUGAGUUUAAUGAGGUAUGACCUCUUUUGUUGCUGCACUCAUGCAACCAACUGGAUAAACAGUCAUGCAAAAUCUUUUUGCAUAAUACAGUGAAUGUAGGCUAUUUUUAAAAAAUCAGAUUUUUUUUUUUUAUAUAUAAUUCUUUUCAGCAAAGAGAGAGUGCCACCCAGUGGCCUAGUAGGCAGGUGUACAGGCAUUUUUUCCUAAAUAAUUUUUUUUAAAAUUUGACACCCAUCUGAACAUGAGUAGCAGCAGUAGUAAGAAUAGAGUAUUACAUAACGUGUAUGAAGUAAACAUUUAUUACAGCAGCAUGGAUCCUGACCACAACAUGCUAAUAGCUGGUUGAUGAGUAAUGUGAACUAAUGGCCUAAGGCUAAAUAUAUGCUCACCUACAGUAUAUGUUUCUAUAAUUCAGGCCAUAUUGUAAUAUGUAGCAGUGUAAUUGUAUUAUUUCUACAUAUUGCACAGCCCUUCUACAAAUACCUACUUUUACAUGCAAACCUGUUUAGAGACUAUUGCCAUUUUACAGUUUAGUUGUGUGGGUUAGUUACUGUUUUUCUGAGGAAAUAUUUUUCUGCAACUAAACCACACAGACAAAUGCAAAAGAUAUGUAAAUAUCUGGGUUACUAGUCAUCAUUUCUUUUAUGUAUUAAAUGCUUUAUGCUGUGUGUAUGUGAUGAACAUUACUAUGAUGUUUAAAACAUUAAGAAAAUGGGAAAUUUACAUUUACAAAAUAAACUGUAAAUACAUUAGAACCAUGCCAAAGCCACUCCGCUCUAUACAGAACUACUAAAGAGCUUUUAUAUAUAUAUAUACAAAUUCCACACUCCUGGGUAAAAUAAAUGAGCCAAGCCCAAAAUGACAAAAUAUUAUACUUUUAAUAUUCUUAACAACAAAUCAUUGGUCAGGAAUUGAGCAAGAAUUAAACAAAUAGAUAAAGUAACUUAGUGGGAUAGCUUUUCCCUUCGAUUUCUUUAAAUGUUUAUGCUUUGUGGGUAAACUUGCAGACUGCUAAUUAUUUUUAUUUUAUUAUUUAGUUUAUUUUAAUUUUGUACGCAGUCAUGUGUUAUUUUGAAUUUUACAUCAACCAUUUUUAUCAUUAUCAUGAUUUUACCUUUGCAUGCAAGAAGACCAUAUAAGUGAAUUUCCUUGUUUCUAGCUUUUCCCAAAACAGUUCACUGCAGCUAAAGUAAACAAGCAAAUGGUGGCACAGGAGGUCUCAGGAGUGCAUUCGUUUCAUUCUUGCUCAUUUUCCGAUCAAUGAUUUGUUGUUAAGAUCGUUAAAAGCUUAAUAUUUUGCCAUUUUGGGCCCUUUUUUUGCCCAGGAGUGUAUACUUCAGUAGUUUUACUAAAUGAGAGAGGAGAACAACGGUAUGCAAGAAAGUGCUGCAUGGAAUGACAAUCAGCAGCAGGACCACUUAAUAUUAAUUAAUAUCACUUAAUAUUUCAGAGAAAAUAUGACCGUUUUUAACUUUUUGCUGAACUUUUUUCUUGCCUAUUAUUUACACUUUGAAAUAAAUGAAUCCUGUUAUACCAGAAUGCCAGUGCUUGUAUUUGUUCUUCCAAGUACAGGUAUGCCAUUAAUCUAUACCACAUCACUGCUGUUAAUAAGUUACAGUUAUGUUUGACAUGUUUUAUUAGCUACACAGAUAAUAAACACGGUUUUAUGAAUCUCUACUAUUUUCUCUUGUAGUUAUUCAGUAGUAAUUUGAUAGUUUGUUUCACAAUUGUGUAAUUAUUCAUUAAUUUUCUCUAUUUGAUUUAUGUUUGCAUUUGCUUGCUUUCUUGUUUUUUGGUGUUUGGUUUUUUUGGGGUUUUUUUUUUUUUUUUUUUUUUUUUUAGUCCUCUCUUGAAAUCAGUUUUUGAAUGAAGCAGUCAAAAGAUUGUAGUCACACCUUCAAAUAAUUUGACCCAAUCAACCGAGUUCAUCAAGCAUCCUCAUUAUAGGAGUAGAGAUGCUCAUACAGUAGCUUAAUUCAACAGAUUUUAUUUGCAUGUGGAUGAAUUUAACCUGCCUUAUUUAUUCUGGGUAGUAAAAGCCCUAAAUGCACAAUGAAUGACCACAGAGUUCACAAAUGUGUAUUGGUAAUUUUAUUUAAAUACUUGCUUUCACAAGUAGUACAUGGUCAUUUUUAGAACUGAAAACGUUUGAUGGUCCUCUCUGGCCGUCAAAUCACUUCAGCAUUUAUUGGUACUGCUUUCCGAGUGCAGAGACAACAACAGCCAGGAACUUAUGCAGAGCUGCCUGUACUUCGGCUGUGAAGCUGG